AUGCCAAUGAUCAUAAGGAGACCAAAGAUGAAUCUUUAUCAUCUUUCUGGACGUGUAAUCGAAUUGUGGAACCAAUGGGAGCUUCGCGCAAUGAUGUUGCUAAGUCUCUUACUGCAAAUUUUCCUCACCGUCACUGGCAGUCGGCGAAAGUAUACGGCUGGAAAGUAUAUGGCUGGAUUCUGGCUUGGGAUGUUUGUUUGGCUAGCAUAUUUAUCAGCAGAUUGGUUGGCAACUGUUUCAUUGGGUUUACUUGCCCGGAGCCAAGGGGGUUCUGAAUCAAACGGUACAACUUCAAAGGCAAGUUUCAUCCCGGCAUUUUGGGCACCCAUGCUCCUUGUACACCUUGGUGGCCCUGACACUAUUACUGCCUAUUCAGAAGAGGACAAUGAAUUGUGGUCGAGGCACUUGCUUCAGCUAUUAACCCAACUGUCGAUAGCCUUUUAUGCAUCGUUGCGAUCAUGGUGGAGCAAGGAUCCGCUUAUCUAUAUAAUCAUUCCCAUCUUUGUUUCUGGAAUUAUAAAAUAUGGAGAGAGGAUUUGGGUCCUCUGGUUAGCAAGCUCUAAAAAGUUUUGGGACUCUGCAAACGAAGAAAGGAUGCAUCUACAAAGGCAAAUAGAUCAGCGAAUUUCAACCAGAGAACUCAUCGUUGACAUGGGCACCGAACACGUUGAUGGAAUUUUGGGGUUUAAUAACAUAAUAUCAGAGGAGGCCAAAUAUCUCCAUGAAGGUCAUUUCUUAUUCCGAGCUUUGAAGUUACUAUUUGCUGAUUACCUUGUUACAUUCCCUACUCAUAUGAUCAGCUAUCAUAUCUUGAAGAGCAAGAGUCCCACCGAAGCAUUCAAAUUGAUAGAAGUUGAGUUGGGGUUGAUGUAUGAUGUGCUUUUCACCAAGGUGAUGACAGAGGUUAAUUGGCAAACACGCUUCAUUCUCCGCUUCGUCAACUUUCUGUGCUCUGUUUCUGCAUUACUUGCGUUCUCAUUAAUGGCCAGAAACUUCCAUGCCUAUUCCAAGUUUGAUAUUAUUAUAUCAUACUUGUUGCUGGUAGGAGCUAUUGUUCUGGAUGUUUACUCAGCCAUUUUGAUGCUUUUCUGUGAUUGGGCUGUGCUCUGGCUUGCCAAGCAACGGAAGCUAUUUGCGGAUUCUAUUUAUCGAGUUAUUUCUUCUUCUCGGUUGCUGUCGCUUUUCAGCAAUAAUAAAAGGUGGAAAGGAUCUAUGGCCCAAAUUGACCUAACAGAUUAUCGAAAGAGUUCAAAUGGACACAAGCUAAAAUUCUUUAGCAUCGGCAACAUUCAGAGAUGGGAGGUUGUUGGUGAUGAUUUAAAGAAAUUUUUCUUCAAUUACCUCUUAGAUAAGCGUUCAAGGUACCGUACUGGCCACGUCUCUGUGAUAUUGGAAGAGAGAGGCGAUCAGGUGCAUAAGCGUAAGGGAUGCUUUGAACAAUUAGGUUGGUCUGUGACUGGAAAAGACUAUCCCGAAAGCUUCCUGCUAUGGCACCUAGCUACUCAUCAGUAUUUGGAUAAGGAUUAUAGUGAUUCAAUUCGUUGUAAGAUGAGCAAAUCUUUAUCUGAUUACAUGAUGUAUCUACGGAGUGAUUUGCCGUUUGUGCUACCUAAAGAGUUGGGUGAACCAAGAGAAGAGCCGAUGAUCUCCGAUGGUGAAUGGCUCGCCAUUUCAAUACAGUCGCUGCGGACAAGUGAAGACAAAUGGGAAAUGAUAAGUGAAGUGUGGGUGGAGAUGCUAACUUACGCUGCGAGUCGCCGUGGAUGGAAAGGGCAUACAAAAGCACUUACGCAAGGAGGAGAGUUGCUUACUUUCGUGGCCUUUGCAUCAAAGAAAAGCCUGCUUAGAACAGGUCAGGCAAAUGCAAAAUUUUCCAACAAAUUCUGCACAAUCAAAGCUCACACAAUGAUUAUCGUCAGUAAAACACUUGCAAUCCUACAUCCGAUUCCAGAAACGUAA